CUUCUCCUUUGGGACACAAUGGUGGAACAUGACCCAGGGACUCAACCUUGGAUUGUGGGAGGGGAUUUUAACACUGUCACCUCUCUUACUGAACAUCAAGGCCAUGUGGCUCCCUGUCUUCAAAGCAUUGAAGACUUUAGGGAGUGUAUUCAAAAUUGAAAUUUAUUGGACCCCUGCCUUAAGGGCAAUAUAUUCACUUGGAUGGGCAAUAGGACUAAGGGGAGAGUUCUUCGCAGACUUGACAGAGUAUUGAUCAAUCAAGGCUCUCUAGACCAAUACUCUGAUAUUUACCUCUAUGAUCUUAGCAGAACCUCCUCUGACCACAAACCUCUCCUGUUGGACUGCAUCAACUACCAGUUCUCAGGCCCCAGACCUUUCAGAUAUAUCAAUGCUUGGGCUCUUAAUGAGAGCUUUUAUGGAAUGGUCAAGGAAGCUUGGAAUUCUAAUGCCAAUGGAAGGGGUAUGAGAGGUCUGGCCACAAAACUCAAAAACUUGAAGAACAGUAUUAGGGAAUGGAAUCAUGUUCACUUUGGUAAUAUUUUCACCAAAGUCCAAGAAGCUGAACAAGCAGUCCUUCAAGCUCAAGAAAGUUAUGAAACAGAGGAUAAUAUAGCCAAUAGAGAGGCAUUCAACUUGGCAAAUGCUAAUCUAUUGAGAGCUUGCAAAAUUGAAGAAACUUACUGGGCCCAAAAGGCCAAUGUCAAAUGGAUUGCUAGUGGAGAUGCCUCAACCAAAUUUUUCCACUCCUAUGUUAAAGGUAAAAGAAGAAAGGCCAGCAUCAGACUCAUAAGGAAUCAAGAGGGCAGAGAGUUGGAGGAUGGGGAUCCUAAAGACAUUAUCAGUUUUAUUGUCAAUCACUAUGAAAAAGAAAUAAAGGCUGCAAUAUGGCACCUAAAUCCUAAUAGUUCUGCUGGUCCAGAUGGCUAUAAUGGUGAUUUCUUUAGGAAAUUUUGGGACAUUAUUAAAGAAGAUCUUAUCAGUGCAGUACAAGAUUUCUUCCUAGGACAACCUAUUCCUAUGGCUUUUGGCAGCACCUAUAUAAUCCUCAUUCCUAAACAAGAAGGGGCCAAGGUGAUUGGAGAUUAUAGGCCUAUAGCCCUCUCUACCUUUUUUAGCAAGAUUAUCUCAAGAAUCCUGUCUAACAGACUUUCCCCUCUGUUAGACAAGAUAAUCUCACCUGAGCAGGCAGGAUUUCAAAAAGGGAAGGGAAUUGAGGAACAUAUCUUUCUAACCAAUGAACUUAUGCACAGGCUGGAAUCUAAGGGCAAACUAGCCAACUUCUUUUGGGGUACUAAAUUGGGAAAGAGUAAACAUCACUGGGCCAAAUGGACUGCUCUCUGCAAGCCUACAGGGGAAGGAGGACUAGGGUUGAGAAGCUUAGAGGACUUACAGAAGGCUUGUGCUUUGAAGUUAUGGUGGAAGGUGAUUAAUGCCAAUUCCUUAUGGUCUAAUUUUGUGAAGGAUAAAUACUACAGGGAUGGAUUAUUUGAGACCAAAUUGUAUGACUCUACCUCCUGGAAAAGAAUCUGUAGAAUUUCAACAAUUGGCCUACAAAACACAUCCAUGAUCAGUUCCACUCCCAAGUGGAUUAAUGGGAAAUUUACUUUCAAAGAGACAUAUUGGGCUGUAAGGGAUAGAGAUAUCAGUACUCGAAUGAACACUCUUAUCUGUAACAAAUUCCAAAUCCCCAAGAUCAAGUUGUUUACCUGGAAAGCUAUACAUCAUUUCCUUCCCUUUCCUAAUAUUCUAAGGAAACUAUCUUAUAAUCUGCCUAGCAAAUGCCCCUUCUGCGCAAAAGAGGAAGUGACUGAUCAACACAUCCUACUUACUUGUAUCCUUUCUCAACAAAUUUGGAAGGCUUUUGCAGAUUAUGUAGGGGAGCCUAACUGGUCUCAGGGCACAGACCUAAGCAACUAUAUGCUUCAAUGGUGGGAGAAUUACAACAAAUACACUAUUAGAGGUCUACUCAAGCUCAUCUUACCUGGAUGCAUCAUAUGGAAUCUCUAGAAGGCUUAUAACCAAAGAAUUUAUGAAGAACGCAACAUCACAAAUAUGGGAAUUAUCAUAGAGAUUCAAAAAUUAGUGCAGCACUGGUACUGGUCAAAUAAAAAGGUGCAGAAGAUAGCCACAGACGAGGAUAUUCAAGCUCUAAAUCUCAAACCUUACCUCUCUAGAUGAUCACACACGUUUCCCAAUGAAGAAGCAGAUUGAUU